ACGCAACCGCUUGCGUCAUCAAACGGCGACACGUUAAAUUGCCUUACCUCCUACACGAUGAACGCGUCCUUGGGGCUCUUUGCCCUUUUGAAUAUGACUUAUUAACACUUAUUCGUUUAAUAACUAUUACAGCAAGUACGCGAAGUGAUGAACCGUCUUUGACAGACCGUGAAGAGAUGAGCGCUCCUAACGCCAGCGAACGCAAAGCCUGCUGGGACGCCAGGGACGAGCUCUGGAGGUGUCUAGACGACCAUCAAGACCAAACAUCUGCCUGUGAGAAACACCAGCGAGAGAUUGAAGCCAGGUGUCCUGCCCAGUGGGUGAAGUAUUUCGCCAAGCGGAGGGACUUCUUAAAGUACAAGGAGAAACUCCAGAAUGAGGGCUACGAGCCAACAGAAGGGGCCUCAAAAUUAUAGACGUAAUAUAAAAUAAAAGGCUGGACUCUGUGUGGAGCUUCGGCGUGAUGUGUCUGAAAAGCAAAAUAAACGAAUGACCCAAAAA